CCUGUCAUCUGUUGACAGAGGUUUACCACUUUAUUUCCGAUCUGGAUGACUUUUAUUCCAUUUUAUUGCCUAAUUUCCCUUUCUAGGACCUUCGGUUCGACAUUAACCGUAAGUGGUAAGAGUGGUGUAAGGGCAUAUACAAAUGAAAAAUAAGAGGCUUAAUAUUCUAAAAAUGAAGAGACAUCCCUCCUUGUAGAUUAUUUUCUUUGUAAAGUUGUAAAUUCUUUGUCUGCGCUUUUGAGAAUGAACCAUAAAUCUUCUUAAAUGUCUCUUGGCAGUUUUACAGCCUAGAAUGUCUUUCCCAAGGACCUCAGAACCAUCUGUUUGAAAUGUAAUAGGGAGCUGGCACUUCUGUCUCCCAGAGUCUGUGAGAGGGUAGAAGCCUAAACUUUGGUGGUUGGGGUCUUGAUCCAAGUUGCAAAACUACCUCCUGUCAUAAAGAUAGGAGAAGCUUGUUUUUUUAACUUGUAAAACCAAUAAACCAACACAGGUGGUCAUCCCAAUUACCAGGCAAAUUUAGGGCAAACAAUGUGUGAUAAAGGAUGCUGUGAAGUCCUCCUACUUGAGAAUUAGUUCUUGUUUAUUUUUGCAACAUUUAUGUGAUGGGAUGUAUCUGCUUGGCUAUAAAAAGGUGAGAUUUCUUUCUGUCCUUGGAUUGUCUUUGAGAUAUAUCCCGCCAUUCAAUGAUAAGAUUGUUUUCUUUGUCUUCUGCCUGAGUGACUAAGUUUUCUAGGUUCGGGGAAGAUUUGUUUUCAAUUAGAUUUCCCUAACAAUUUCGGCGAUAAGGAUGGUGAUUCCUGACCACUCUAAUGCUAAAUCGGGUAUGCUUUCUCAUCAAUGAAUGCCUGAAAGGACGAACGAAAUAAGAGAGGUAUGAUACUGUCGAUGUUACAAUAUAAAUAGAACACAGACUGUCUCUGGAAGAAAUUCUGCAGGUGCAUUUUGCAGUAGAAACUGCUAGGAGAGCCAAUUCAUCAGGGAAAUGGAAUUAAUGAAAGAGGUGUGUAUUUAGAUUCUUAGCAUUAAUUUCGGAUAAGCAAUGAGUCAAACUGUACUAUCGGUGCCUCCUGCUUGUACCUUAUUUGCUAAAUCGGGCAGUUAUACCCAAAGUCUCCUAAGCCUGAAGGCUGAUUCCGAAGGAGGUGUCGCCAGCGUCUUAAGAAACUCAGCGCGCGCUUCCUGCUCGGGCGCAGGAGCCGCUCGGGGCCUUCUGCGCAUGUGCGCUGCGCUCCUCCCGGUAGUUCACGUCGCCGCCGCGGCAUCGCGAGAAGACGGUCCCGGAUGCUCUCGCGACUGAGGGCCUUUGGGCAGGCGGGGAGGACGUGGUGGGUGAGGCCCGGGUGGCUGUGGUGGUUGUUGGUGACCGGUGGGACGGAGGCCUUGUGCGGGAGGGGCCGGUGACGGAGAAAACGGCUCGGUGCCUGAGCGCGGGGUGAGUCCUGCUCCGUCUGUAUGCAUCGAAUGAGAACCAGCGCGUCCCCGCUCUUGUUACCCAGCGAAGGUUCGUGUUGUCGUCUCCGAGGUGAAGGGUCGCCCGACGCCUUGCUGUGCCCUCCUGGCUAUCCCUACUCUUCCAGGGCCAGCAGAAGAUGAUCACAUCCCAGGGAUAAUUGUCAUUCGGGGAUGUGACUCUGGGCUUCACUGAGGAGGAGUGGCAGCGCCUGGACCCUGCUCAGAGGACCCUGUACAGGGACGUGAUGCUGGAGAACUACAGCCACCUUGUCGCUGUGGGGUUAUCCAUUCCUAAACCAGAAGUGAUCCUCAAGUUGGAGCAAGGAGAGGAGCCAUGGAUAUUAGAGUCCCCAGGCCAGAGUGACCCAGAAUUAAUUAAUAGCAGUAGAAACUAUUCAAGAAAGAAGUUCAAUGAGUUUAACAAAGGUAGAAAUUGGCUCCAUAAUGAUAAGCAUGAAGGAAUUUAUUCUGAAGAGAAACUUUAUAAAUAUAAUAAAAACGGGAAUGGCCUCCAUCUUAAUGAAGAUUUUGUUCACCGUCAGAAAAUUCAGAUUUUGGAGCAACCUUUUGAGUACAGUGAAUGUAGGAAAGCUUUCCAUGAGAAUUCACUCUUUGUUGUACAUAAGAAAACUUACACAGGAAAGAACUCCUGUGAACACACUGAUUAUGGGAAGAUCUUCUGUGAUAUGUCAUCCCUCAUGGCUCAUCAGAGAACACAUCCAAGAGAGAAUCAGUAUGAAUUUAAUGAAUGUGGAGAAAAUUUCUUUGAGGAAUCCAUUCUCUUUGAGCAUCAGAGUGUUCAGCCUUUCAGCCAGAAGUCAAACCUCAUUCCAGUUCAGAGAAGCCACUCAAUUGACAAUGUGAUUGAAUAUAAUGAAUGUAGAACGUUUUUCAGUGAAAAGCUAGUCUUUGGUGUACAACAGAGAACACGCACAGGAGAAAAACCUUAUGAGUGUCAUGAUUGCGGAAAAACCUUCAACCAGAAGUCAGCCCACACAAGACAUCAGAGAACACACACAGGGGAAAAAUCUUGUGAAUGUCAGGAAUGUGGGAAAACUUUCUACAAGAAUUCAGACCUCAUUAAACACCAGAGAAUUCACACAGGGGAGAAACCUUUUGAAUGUCAGGAAUGCGGGAAAUCCUUCAGUGAAAAGUCAACCCUCACUCAACAUCGAAGAACACACACAGGGGAGAAACCGUAUGAAUGUCGUGAAUGUGGGAAAGCCUUCUCGUUCAAGUCAGUCCUUACUGUACAUCAGAAAACACACACAGGGGAGAAGCCCUACGAGUGUUAUGAAUGUAGGAAAGCCUUUCUUAGAAAAUCAGACCUCAUUAAACAUCGAAGAACUCACACAGGGGAGAAACCUUAUGAAUGUAAUGAAUGUGGGAAAUCCUUCUCUGAGAAGUCAACCCUUACCAAACAUCUGAGAACUCACACAGGUGAGAAACCCUAUGAAUGUAUUGAAUGUGGGAAAUUUUUCUGCUACUACUCGGGUUUCACAGAACAUCAGAGAAGACACACAGGGGAGAAACCUUUUGGAUGUAAUGAAUGUGGGAAAAACUUCCGUCAGAAGUCAGCCCUAAUUGUUCAUCAGAGAACUCACAUAAGACAGAAACCCUAUGAAUGUAAUGAAUGUGGGAAAUCAUUCUGUGUAAAGUCAAAACUCAUUGCACAUCAUAGAACACACACAGGGGAAAAACCCUAUGAAUGUAAUGUAUGUGGAAAAUCAUUUUAUGUGAAGUCAAAACUCACUGUACAUCAACGAACACAUUUGGGGAGAAACCCUAUAAAUGUAAUAAAUGGGGGAAGUCACUCUGGGUGAAGUCAAGAUUUUAUAGAAAAAGAAUGCAAAAGGGGAGAAAAAUCUGUUGCUGUAAUGAUUUUGAAAACAUCUUAGGUCUAAAGUCAGUUCUCACAAUACAGCAGAGAACUUAUAGAGGGGAGAGAAUAAUAUGAAGCUACUGAAUAUAGAAAAUUUUAGUGCUGGAAUUUGAACCAUAGACUAUAUCAGAAAUCUCAGAGUGGAGAAUACCUUAUCAGCAAAUCACCCAAAGCCACACCUCACAAGUUAGAAACCUCUAUUAAUGUUCAUAGGGUAGAAAAUACUUGAUCCACAGGCUAUAGAACAUGCACAGAUUAUAGGAAGCUAUAGGAAAGCAUUGUGCUAUUUUAUUAGUUGUGUUUAGCAUCUCAGUGGAUAUCAGUAGUUUCUAGACAAAAUACAUUAUUUUAAAUGUGUGGGAGCUUUAAGUUAAAAAUCUAAGCUUAUGCAUCAGAUAUUUUGAAUUGAAGGAUCUCUGGCAAUUUAAGGUGGAGGAUGGUUUUCAUUUAGAAAUAGCUUUGUAUUUUUGUUGAGAUGCAAUUUGGCCCAUUGCCGGGCUUGUUAUUCCCCACUGUUUAAGGUGUUAGAUGUGAAAACACAGCACGCUGGGACCAGCAGUUGGAAGCAAGUCAGAGGCUCAUGCAUCUGCAGAAGAAGAGAAGAUUUUUAGCAAGAGGACCCACCAGGAGGACUUUCGGAUGCCCAGAGUGGAGAACUAUUACAUGUGAAAGAGUGAACAGAAGUGGGACAUAUUUAGAGUCAAGGCUGGAUUUCUGGCAAGGAUGAUGCAGGAUUCGAAGGAGAACCAGCAGAGAGACUUCAGGUGGGUCAUGGGCUGAAGAUAAGAGAGCCAAGGGAAAUAGGGGACUGGAUAGGUCAGUUCUCUUAUUCAUCUGGUAAGGCCUGGAGAACAGAGAAUAGAAUAGGUGUGUGUGUAUGUGUGUAUAUGUAUGUGUGUAUG